GCAAAACUGGGGGUCCGACAGUCUCAUCAGAAGCGUGUUACAGGGCUUAUGAGUAUUGGAAGGCUCAAGGGAAGAUUGAGCUGGAGGGCAGCGUGGAGGUGAUCAAGUACAAAAUCCUCACCAGCAGGAGGAGCCAGCUCUUCCAGAGAGUAAAGGUGGGAGGAGAGCUCCUCGCCCUAGAAGAUCUGGACUUCCUGGUUGGAGCAGACCCCAAUUUCAUGUCAGACGAGGAAAGUGAUGCUGAAGACAAGUUCACCUAUCAUGUGGUCCCUCCCAGGUGGUGCUGGCAGAGGUUGACCCGGAUUGUCCGGCUCUGUCAGAGAACCCUAGAUGAGAAUUGUCGUGAGGGCAUUGAAAAUUACAGGGGGGUACAUUUACCUCCCGCAAUCCCCCAAAAGGAAAGGCUAAGCAAGUGUAUGUGAAUAAAAAAUAAUAAACUUAAAUGUUGUUAUUUCUUAAUUGAUUGCUCAAACAGUGUUAAUGACUGUCCACAUUCUGGUAAAUACCCUCAGUUUGCUGUUUCAAGGGGAGAGGCUCCAGAUAAAAGUUGCCUCUAACCAGUGAUUUAGGAUCAGCUAAACCUUACCCCAUCCUGAGCAGUGAUUCUGUGAAGUGAAAAGCAAAACUCAAAUCAAAUUUCAAAUAAAAUGUUAUGUCACAUGCUUCAGAAACUAACAGUGAAAUGCUUACUUAUGGCCCUUCCCAACAAUGCGAAACUGACCUUAGAUUUGUGCCACUGAGGUAAAGGACGGACCAUAUUUGUGACUUUUCGUAGCAGGUUAGUAGAGCAUUUUCGCUAACCCUUUUCCUAACCUUAACCUAAUUCUCCUAAUCUGCUACAUAACUUCUCCUAACCUGUUACGAAAAAGUCGUAGCUGUAUGGAAGUGGCGUGUUUUUAGGGAAUCUCGGAGGGGGGUCCAGGUGCGACAUCAUCUCGCAGAGCAGUCAUCCCUCAGGUUCUCUAUGCUACCAUCUACUGGUGUCAUCUCUCAGUGCAGUGCAUCUCUCAGGAAAAGUGGGGGUGUCGAAAGGAAUGGACGUUUCGAAAGGAACCAUAUAAGGAGAAGUGGGGGUUUCGAAAGGUGCCACUCAAGACACGUUUAGGUUAUCGGACGUUUGUCAUGGACUGCAGAAAUGACAGUAAGGAAUUUCAGUUAUGCCAACAACAAAAAAAUUAUAUUCACUCACUGUGAGCUGUGUCUUUGAACGUUACCUACCGGAUGACUGCUCUGAGAGAUGACGUCGCAGCUUGACCCUAUUGGAAUCUCGUGCCAGUGCUCAGGGACACAUCCGAAUCUUAUUGGAUAUGUAAAAUCGCGAGGGUUGGCCGAGAGGCGAGGUCCACUCGGAAAAUUGUGGUGUAGUAGCUAAUUCGAGCAUUUGCACUACAGCGUACAGUUCUAACAGUAAAUAUUGUAUGCUCCAUACAUUGAAAAUAUACGCCGACGACCAAGCCAACGUAGUCAGUUGGUUUAGAGACCGCUGUUUUUGCAGGUUCGUGCUGACCGACAGACUGCAUCAAUGUGUCUGCCAUGUUUACGUUUUCGCGCGCGGAUCCCCAGCUAGCUAGCUUUGCACAUUUACUGCAUGUUGUGUUGGACUUGCUCGUCUGUAAGCAAUGCAUACACCUUUGCAAAUGAUAACAACAUUUAAAACAGUAUAACGUGCAUGUAUAGACGUUAAUACAGUUAGCUAUGUGGCACACACGACAUUUUAAACUCGUUUGUACUAGCCCACAAUGUCUUCAUCUCGAGUUGUGUAACGUUAACGUACUGUAACUAACGUUACAGCGGCAUACAUCCGGAUAAAUCCGGUUUUGAAAGUUAAAUAAUUAAGGAAUGUGAGGUAUAAAUGUUAUGUUGAUGACAAAAAAGGUUUAACCAAAGCAUCAAAUUAAAGUAGCACCUUCUGCAAGACCUCUUUGAUCACAGACACAGCUAAUCAGCAUCGUUUCUUUAGUUUGAAAACAAUCCCAGCAGUAUUUUCUAAAGUUUAAAGUUAGAAACUUUAGCUUUACCUUUUUGAAUUUGGUCAAAUAAGCCAAAAAUAGUUUCCUGAUAUUGAAUACAGUGUUAGUCUACUGUACUGUAACUUUACUGUUAUUCUGUGUACCCACUGAUGUUUAUAUGAUUCUUGUUGAGUGACAGCUGAGCUUCCAGCUCUAGAACCUGGGUGACAUCACACAAACCUGAGCCAGGUGGAGGUGGAGCCAGGGGGACCAGAGAUGUCGGAGAAGGUGCAGAACACCUUCAGGAUGCAGCUGUCCUCCGUCAUGGACUCCCUGCUCACUGCGGCCGUGUGUGAGAUCUCCAAGAUCUUUGAAGGCAGUCUGAGUGCGCAGCAGGCAGAGCUGACGCAGAGCGUAGAGGAGAUCUCAGCAUUGAAAGGGAAGCUGAGGCGGGCAGAGAUGAGGUUGAAGGAGGGUGGAAAAAGAGAGGAUUUGGACGAUAUGGCUGCCAACACCUCUGGGCAAACAGUCUCUGAUGUGACGACAAUUGCUGAGAUAGAAGACGAAGUACCCGAUUGGUGCGAGCCCCUUCAGUCAGAAGAUUCCUUAAUUCCACCCUUGAAGAUCAAAAAGGAAAAUGAGGGGCCAUGGGUGGACCUGCGACCACUGAGUGUGUCUCUAUGGCGCAUCCCUAACAUCAAACAAGAGCAGGCUGAAGAUUUUGAUAACCACUUGCUGACAGCCCUAGCCAGGAGUCCUCCACGAAAAGGGUCGGCUGCGGAGCAGUUGUUAACCAGACGGUUAAAAGACUUACCUGAACUGAGCGUGGCCGGGUCAGGGUACGGUUGUGGUUCAGUAGGACGGGGGCGGGGGCGGGGGCUGAGGAAGACCCAUGGUAGUCUGUUGUGCACGUCCAAACAAGAAAAUCCGGAACCCCAGAGCAGCGUCUUGUCAGACAAGAAUGUCUUGAGGCACCGCACAAGACAAGGAAAAGAUAGUGACUUACAAAGCAAACACAGUGAGGGGAGACAUGGGAAAACGAGUGACAUAGUGAAAAAGAAGGUAGGAAGGAGAAGAAAGCAUUUAAAAAUGGAAACUAAUGCAGAGGAAGAAGCAACAACCAUUGGAACUGACAAGAGUUUCUGCUGCAAAUACUGUGGGAAGGGCUUUCACAGAGAGUUUGGCCUUUCUGUGCACAUGAGGUCUCAUAACAAGGGGACAUACAAAUGUCCUAAGUGUCCCAAAAAGUUUCCGUAUCCAAGUGCACUCCGUGUGCACACGUUGAACAGCCACGGCAAAACAGAAAAUAACAAACCUUGCUCUAGCAUCAAAGAAAAGUCCAACUCUAUCAACCACAAAGUGAAACCCCUCUCCCCCAGCAGAACAAAGCCUACUUCCCCCAUCAACAAACCUCUCUCUCCCAGCAAAGUGAAACCUCUCCCUGCCAGCAAGGCUAAACCACUACCCCCCAAAGACAAUCCUACCUCCCCAAACAACAAAGUUGGCUCCCCCAAAGAAGGCAGCACACAUCCAGAACUUUAUUCUUGUCACGUUUGCCAUAAGGAGUACACUUCUGCAAAUUCCCUGCAGGACCACGAACGCAUUCACACAGGUGAGAGACCGUACCCUUGUAACCAGUGUGGGCAGAGGUUCCGUGUAAAGCAGUUCCUGAUAUUGCAUUUGCGUAAAGCCCAUGCGGAUGUGUACGGGGGUGAGGAGAGCAGCGGAGACCUCUCCUGGACUGCACCAGUGGAGGAUCCCAUUGCUAACGGUGCUGAGCAGCAAUCUGCCAUCAAAUCAAAGAGCAAAGACGAUCGACGUGCAAAGGCAAACAGCAAACGGAAGCAAAUGAUAGAAACAGACGGCUUGUUCCAAUGCACAGUGUGUAAAAAGCUGCUAAGUUCACAGAUUAGCCUCGUUCAACACUUCCGCAUCCACACAGGUGAGAAACCGCUCAGCUGCGAAGAGUGCGGCAAGAAAUUCCGCUGUCACCCCAUCUUGAUCAGCCACAGGAGGUCCGCCCACCCGGGAAAGAAGUACCAAUGCCUCAAGUGUGUCAAGCAAUUUGAGACCAUGGCCGAACGUAAAAGACAUCUGCUACAAGUCCACCAAUUCAAGAAACCAAACCCGCGGUCCCGCUGUCCUCGCUGUAGCAGGACUUUCCACAACAGUAACUCCCUGAGAAUCCACUAUGAAACUGUCCAUGCCUGAGUCUGUCCCCACAUGGCUCGGCCCAGUCACAUUGGAGUGUUCAGCAGGGCCGGGGUCAAUUCGAAUUACAUUAAGGAAAUCAGAUUAUUACGUCCAUUUGAAAUUACAUUUGUGAUUUUGAAAAGUGCUGUUUAUUUUCAUUGACCGUUUUUGUUAUCAUUGACUGACUGAGUGAAAAGGGAAUUGACCCCAACCCUUGUGCCCAGUGAACUAACAUGAUGCUGAGAGAGGACGAAGAAAGCGCAAACUCACAAAGACUUGUGAUUCACAAAAACUUGUGAUAUGGUGAUCAAUGUUUGUGAUAUGGUGCUCAAUAUGGGUAUCACUGUUCAACCUGUGAUAUGGGGAUAAAUCUGUUUUCUGGGGGUUGCAGGAUCACGCUUUUUUAAAGUCAGUGCCAGACCGGUUUAUGGCGAUUUGAUUUCAACGCCUUGGAGCCAUGUUUUUAGUUUUAUGGUUUUAGUUCCAUGUAAACACGUCUAUCAUUUAUAUGUUAUUAUGACAAAUGUAACAUGUUCAUUGUACUGUACAUUCCCUAUGUUGUCAAGAAAAGCACAGGGCAGAAAAUACCCAUGUUUCUGACUCUGAAAAUACUGAAAAUCAGUUUUUUUUUUACAUUAAUAAUAUCUGUAUUUACUGGAGGUUGACUUACCUUAAUAGGUCAUGCAUACUCCAAUAGGGGUGUUCAUGGAUCACCCAAUUUCUUAGUGACCUUUUAUGAAUUACAAUGAUUGCACAAACAUGGGCAAUAGAGAGACCUCAGUAAUAAAGGAUUACAAAUAGUA